AUGUUAAGAAACAAUUUUACUAGAUUAUUAAGUUCCACAAGAAGUAUGGCCACUUCUUACAAACAACCAAAUAUUGGUAGAUAUACUGGUAAAGCUGAUCCAGCUACCGGUAAAUACACUGUUUCCUUUAUUGAAGGUGAUGGUGUCGGCCCAGAAAUUUCUAAUUCUGUCAAGCAAAUCUUCAAAGCUGCUGAUGUUCCAAUCAAAUGGGAGUUCUGUGACGUCAGCCCAAUUUUUGUAAAUGGGGUCACUACUAUUCCUAAACCAGCCGUUGAAUCUAUUUCUAAGAAUUUAGUUGCCUUGAAGGGCCCAUUAGCUACUCCCAUUGGCAAAGGUCACAGGUCUUUGAAUCUAACUUUAAGAAAAACUUUCGGUUUGUUUGCUAACGUUCGUCCAGCAAAGAGUGUCGAAGGUUACAAAACAACCUACGAAAACGUCAAUUUAGUUUUGAUCAGAGAAAACACUGAGGGUGAAUACUCUGGUAUCGAGCACAUUAUUACUCCUGGUGUUGUUCAAUCUAUUAAAUUGAUUACUCGUGAUGCUUCCGAAAGAGUUAUCAGAUAUGCCUUUGAAUAUGCCCGUGCUAUUGGUAGACCUAAGGUUGUUGUGGUACAUAAAUCUACCAUUCAAAGGUUAGCCGAUGGUUUAUUUGUUGAGGUUGCCAAGGAAUUAUCCAAAGAGUACCCAGACAUUGAAUUGAAGGCUGAAUUGUUAGAUAAAGUGGUUUUGGACGUUGUUUCCAACCCAAGUUCAUUUGAUGACGUUGUUUCUGUCUGUCCAAACUUGUAUGGUGAUAUUUUGAGUGAUUUGAACAGUGGUUUGAGUGCUGGUUCUUUAGGUUUAACUCCAAGUGCCAAUAUUGGACACAAAGUUUCCAUUUUUGAAGCUGUGCAUGGUUCCGCUCCGGAUAUUGCAGGCCAGAAUAAGGCUAAUCCUACAGCUUUGUUGUUAUCCUCCUGUAUGAUGUUGCAUCAUAUGGGCUUGAAUCAAUAUGCUGAUAGAAUUCAAAGUGCUGUCUUGAAAACUAUUGCUUCUGGUCCAGAAUCUAGAACUGCUGAUUUAGGUGGUAAAGCUAGCACCUCUUCUUUUACUCAAGAUGUCAUCAAGAGAUUAUGA